AGGGGAGAGAAGAGGGCUGGGUGGUGAGUGAAUCUAGGAGGGGUAUGAGCUAUUUCCUGGCGCUGUCCAACACCCACGGCGAGGCGGUGGUGUCCCGGUACCGGGCGCUGCGGGAGGAGAGGCUGCUGUGCGACGUGGUGCUGGUGGCCGAAGGCACUGAGUUCCGCGCCCACCGCUCGCUGCUGGCCUGCGCCAGCGACUACUUCAGGUGCCUGUUCCAGGCUCACACCCGGGAGGCGGGCGCGGCGGCGGUGCAGCUGCAGCUGGUGUCGGCCGGCGGCCUGGGCCGGGUGCUCGACUUCAUCUACACCUCCUGCCUGGUGCUCUGCCCCGACAGCGUGGAGCAGACGCUGCAGGCGGCCAGCUACUUGCAGGUGCCCGAGGCGCUGCGCCUCUGCUCCGUCUACCUGGCCGGCAGCUUGAGCAACGCCCGCUGCUGCCACUCGGCCAACCUUGCGGCCGCCUUCGCCCUGCCCGAGGCUCGACACCGCGCCGACCUCUACAUGGCCGCCAACCUGUGGCGGCUGCUGGAGUUGGGGCCGGAGCGCAGCGGCCUGGACGACCUCAACCCCGACUCACUGCUCGCCUUGCUCGACUCGGAGCGGCUGCCCGGCGUGGCCGAGGUGUCGCUGCUCGGCCUGGUCCUCGACUGGCUGGGCCGCGGCCCCGACCCUGACCCGCAGCGCUGGCUCUUGGCCGACCCGCUGCUCAGCCGCGUCCGCUACGGCCUCGUCCCCUGCGCUGAACUACAGCGGCUGCUGCAGGAGGACAAGGGCGGGCAGGGAGUGACCGGCCGCGCCCCCGCCGCCCGCCGCCUCAUCACCCAGGCCUUGCGCUACCACCACGCCGAGGCCCGCCAGCCGGCGCGCCAGAGCCGCCAGAGCACGUUGAGGAGCGGCCGGCUGCUGCUGGUGUCCGCCGGGGGGCUGCUGCUGCCGCCGCCGGCAUCAGACAGCGGCGAGGCCGGUGCCUGCCCGCCUUUCCGCGGCCUGGCGGCGCUCGAUCCCCGCAGCGGCAGCUGGAGGCCGCUGGCCGCCGGGCCCAGGGUGCAGGGCCACUGCGUGUGUGUGCUGGGCGACUUCUUGUUCGUGCUGGGGGGAGAACUGCUGGAGGAGGAGGUGGACCAGGCCCAAGCCGGGGAGCCGGGUAGGUGCAGCAGCGGCCUCGGGCCGAUCCCCAGCCGCCGUGUGUUCCGCUACGACCCCCGCUCAGACAGCUGGAGCCGGGCGGCCAACAUGUUGAAGCGUCGGGCCCAGUUCGCCUGCUGUGUGCUGGGCGAGCGGCUGCUGGCGCUGGGCGGCCGCUGCGGCCACGGACACCCUUCGCUCUCGGCCACCGAGCAACUCGACCUCGGGGCCGGCGGCGGGGCCGGGCGCUGGGUGGCGGCGGCCGAGUUGCCGCAGCGUCUGCACGGCCACGCCAGCGCCGUCCACGCCGGCACCGUGUACGUGUCGGGCGGGCGGGCGUCAGGCCAGGCCGAGGCCUGCAAGGAGAUGUACAGCCUGGCGCCGCAGGCCGGGGCCUCCUGGCAGUGCUGCCCGCCCAUGACCAUCGCCCGCUUCGGCCAUCAGAUGGCCACGGUGGGCGAGCGCAUCUACUCGUUCGUCGGCAUGUACGAGCCCUUCUGCGACAUCGAGUGCUACGAGCCGCUGCGGGCCCAGUGGCAGCGCCUCCGGCCUCUGCUCUUCGACCGCUCCUGCUACGGCCUGGCCGUGCUCGACGGCACCGUCUACCUGGUGGGCGGCAAGAAGUGGCAGCAAGGCCGUGAGGUUGCGGCCCAGAGCGCCGUGGCCUACGAGCCGGCCUCCGACACCUGGCGACAGGUGUGCCCGCUGCCCGUGUCCCUGUACGGCACUCAGUGCGGGGCGCUGCUCCUGCCAGAGCUGCCCGAGGCCCAGUGUUAGGCCGAGCUGCAGACCAUAUCUCUGUAGGCGUCGUUGUCACCUUCCCCUAUCUAUAGAAUCUAAUAUGUUCUACAUUUCCCUUGAUCUUCAUCUAACUUGACCUCUAACUUCGUAACCUUUGCUCCCCCCUCCGUCUCUCUCCCCCUUCCUAGUUCCCCAUCAGUCUGGCUCUCGCCCUGAUU